GGCAAAUUUGCAACGAACUUCGGACGGAGUUCUAACGGAUGACGUCGGGAUUCGGUGGGAAUGGCGUAGGAAUUUAUUUAGCCCUGCUACGGAUAUAUCCGUCAGAAAUCUGUGGGGAAGCAUUUACAAAUUCGUCGGGAUUCCGUAGGAAAGCGGUUGGAAGUAUUUGGCUUCCGGUUCGGAUGCAAGGGAUUGGAAAGCUGUUUCGAAUCCGUCGGAAACUCGUUGGAAUUCCGUAGGGAAUAGAUAUUUUUUAAACUCACCGACAAUUAUUUGGAGAAAUCAAUUUGAAUCAAACCUUAUCCCUGCGGCCCUCCUCCAUUUAUAUUGCACUUCAAUUGCCAAGAUAAUAGGCACCUCCCAUUCAUCUUCCUAAACUAUUUUUUUUAAAUCUUGGUUUCGUCUCUAUACUUUUAUAAUGUAUAUGAUAGAUAGAAGUUGGAUGUACGAUAGAUACGAUCCAAUUUCAAAAAAUGUUUCUGCAAAUUUCAUGAAUGGUGUUGAAAGUUUUGUUCAAAUUCGCUCGUCUUCAACAUGAAUUUAGUGGCGGAGAAGAAAUUCGAUGUCCAUGUCGGAAGUGUGGUAAUCGACGAUUUCAUGCUAUUGAGGAAGUAAAGCUUCAUCUUUUUAGACAUGGAUUUAUUGCCGGUUAUGAAACGUGGACUUCUCAUGGAGAAUUGUUACAAGGUUCGACAUUUUUGAAUUCUCAAACCCCAAAUGAACAUACUACCGAAAAUGUUCAUGGAGCACAUUCAGGGAGUCAAGAUGAGACACCAUGGGGUCAAAGAAUGUUAGAAGACAUUUUCGGAGGACACGUGCCGAUAAACUCCACAAACUACGAUCCUAAUUGUGGAGAACAAAGAGGAGAUGAAUCACCAAAUGAAGAUGACAUAUCAUACUUGGCGGAUCAUUUUCAAAAUGUUUUGCAAGCUGCAGAUCAGCCUUUGUAUGAAGGUUGUAAUGAAGGCUCCCAAUUGCAAUUUGUUUCUGAAGUAAUGAGUAUCAAAUCCGAUUUUAAUGUUCCACAAGAUGAAGUCAAUCGGUGGCUGGAAUUAUUUGGUCGAUACUUACCCCGUGACAACACUGUUCCUAGAAAUUAUUACGAGACAAAAAAACUUGUGGCUGAAUUAAGUCUUCCUGUGGUGAAGAUUGACGCGUGUCCUAACGGGUGUAUGUUGUUCUGGAAAAAUGAUAAAAAGUUGGAAGUGUGUACAUUUUGUGGUGAGAAGCGUUACACAUAUGAUGCAUAUCAGGAUUGUCGGUCAAAAAGACAGAAACGAACUGCUAUUUCAGUAUUACGUUAUCUACCUUUGACAACGAGGCUGCAAAGAUUAUAUGCAUCACGCCAAACUGCUGAGUCCAUGAUAUGGCAUUCUACUCAUGAAUCAAUUGGAAAUUUGAUGGGUCAUCCUUCUGAUAAUGAGGCGUGGAAACACAUUGACAAUUUAUAUCCCGUCUUAAAUUUAUGUGUAAAAAUUUAUUUGUAAAAAUUCUUUGUACCGGGUCAACCCAACUCUUACUCCUGCCUACGCCCCUGACCGGCGUGACCGCGGCCAGGGAGAUGGGGUGGGGGAGUUGGGGAUCGGGAUAUG